CGCAGUGAGUCCGGCAGCCCUGGGUCCGCGCGCGCUCGCCUGAGCCGGUGGAGCUCGGGCUACGGUCGGAUCCUCAUGCCGGGUGCAGCAUGUGAAGCUGGGCAGAGCCAGGGGGACCCCAGCCCGCCAGCCUGCAGACACUGUGCCUGCUGAAGGCCUGCCGUGUCUCCCUGAGGCUUGGGGGGACCGUCCCCUGCCAGGGAGGAGGCCAAGGCCAAGACAAGCAUGGCCACUGCCUGGAAUCCCAACAUGGUGACCCUGCUGGGUCCCCUGGGCUUGUUCCUGCUCUUGCUGGCCGGAGGAGGCGCUGCAGAAGAGCCACCCAGGUUUAUCAAGGAACCCAGAGACCAGAUUGGAGUGUCGGGGGGUGUGGCAUCGUUUGUGUGCCAGGCCACCGGUGACCCCAAGCCCCGGGUGACUUGGAACAAGAAAGGCAAAAAGGUCAACUCGCAGCGCUUUGAGACCAUCGAGUUUGACGAGAGCUCGGGUGCCGUGCUGAGGAUCCAGCCGCUGCGCACACCCCGAGACGAGAAUGUGUAUGAGUGCGUGGCCCAGAACUCGGUUGGGGAGAUCACGGUCCAUGCCAAGCUCACGGUCCUCCGAGAGGACCAACUGCCACCUGGCUUCCCCAACAUCGACAUGGGCCCACAGCUGAAGGUUGUGGAGCGCACACGGACAGCCACCAUGCUGUGUGCUGCCAGUGGGAACCCCGAUCCUGAGAUCACCUGGUUCAAGGACUUCCUGCCUGUCGACCCCAGUGCCAGCAAUGGGCGCAUCAAACAGCUGCGAUCAGGUGCCCUGCAGAUCGAGAGCAGCGAGGAAACCGACCAGGGCAAGUACGAGUGUGUGGCCACCAACAGCGCUGGCGUGCGCUACUCCUCACCGGCAAACCUCUACGUGCGAGAGCUUCGAGAAGUCCGCCGCGUGGCCCCUCGCUUCUCCAUCCUGCCCAUGAGUCACGAAAUCAUGCCUGGUGGGAAUGUGAAUAUCACCUGCGUGGCAGUGGGCUCACCCAUGCCCUACGUGAAGUGGAUGCAGGGGGCUGAGGACCUGACACCCGAGGAUGACAUGCCUGUGGGCCGGAAUGUUCUAGAACUCACAGAUGUCAAGGACUCGGCCAACUACACGUGCGUGGCCAUGUCCAGUCUGGGCGUCAUUGAGGCUGUGGCUCAGAUCACCGUGAAAUCCCUCCCCAAAGCCCCAGGGACGCCUGUGGUGACGGAGAACACAGCCACCAGCAUCACCAUCACCUGGGACUCAGGCAACCCAGACCCUGUGUCCUACUAUGUCAUUGAAUACAAGUCCAAGAGUCAGGACGGGCCGUACCAGAUCAAAGAGGACAUCACUACCACGCGCUACAGCAUCGGGGGCCUGAGCCCCAACUCGGAGUAUGAGGUCUGGGUGUCAGCAGUGAACUCCAUCGGUCAGGGGCCUCCCAGUGAGUCGGUCGUGACCCGCACAGGCGAGCAGGCACCGGCCAGCGCACCACGUAAUGUGCAGGCCCGCAUGCUCAGCGCCAGCACCAUGAUCGUGCAGUGGGAGGAGCCUGUGGAACCCAAUGGGCUGAUCCGUGGCUACCGCGUCUACUACACCAUGGAGCCUGAGCACCCGGUAGGCAACUGGCAGAAACACAACGUGGACGACAGCCUGCUGACCACCGUGGGCAGCCUGCUGGAGGACGAGACCUACACAGUGCGUGUGCUGGCCUUCACCUCCGUGGGUGACGGACCACUGUCCGACCCUAUCCAGGUCAAGACUCAGCAGGGAGUACCUGGCCAGCCCAUGAACCUGCGGGCCGAAGCCAAGUCUGAGACCAGCAUUGGGCUGUCAUGGAGUGCACCGAGGCAGGACAGCAUCAUUAAGUAUGAGCUGCUCUUCCGGGAGGGUGACCGCGGCCGAGAGGUGGGGCGCACGUUCGAGCCAGCCACAGCAUUUGUGGUGGAUGACCUGAAGCCCAACACAGAGUACGCAUUCCGGCUGGCGGCACGCUCCCCGCAGGGCCUGGGCGCUUUCACAGCCGUGGUGCGCCAGCGCACGCUGCAGGCCAAACCGUCAGCCCCCCCUCAAGACGUUAAGUGCACCAGCUUGCGUUCCACGGCCAUAUUGGUAAGUUGGCGCCCACCGCCGCCAGAAACUCACAACGGGGCCCUGGUGGGCUACAGCAUCCACUACCGACCACUGAGCUCAGACGACCCAGAGCCCAAGGAGGUGAACAACAUACCCCCGACCACUACUCAGAUCCUUCUGGAAGCUUUGGAGAAGUGGACGGAGUACCGUGUCACCGCCGUGGCUUACACAGAGGUGGGACCAGGGCCCGAGAGCUCGCCCGUGGUCAUCCGCACCGACGAAGACGUGCCCAGCGCGCCCCCGCGGAAGGUGGAGGCGGAAGCGCUGAACGCCACGGCUAUCCGCGUGCUGUGGCGCUCACCCACGCCCGGCCGGCAGCACGGGCAGAUCCGCGGCUACCAGGUCCAUUACGUGUGCAUGGAGGGUGCUGAGGCCCGCGGGCCACCGCGAAUCAAGGACAUCAUGCUGGCUGAUGCCCAGGAAAUGGUGAUCACAAACCUACAGCCUGAGACCGCAUACUCCAUCACAGUAGCCGCAUACACCAUGAAAGGCGAUGGUGCUCGCAGCAAGCCCAAGGUGGUGGUGACCAAGGGAGCAGUGCUGGGCCGCCCAACCCUGUCGGUGCAGCAGACCCCGGAGGGCAGCCUGCUGGCGCACUGGGAGCCCCCGGCCGGCUCCAGUGAGGACCCGGUGCUGGGGUACCGCCUGCAGUUCGGCCGUGAGGACUCGUCCCCACUGGCUACGCUGGAGUUCCCACCCUCCGAGAACCACUUCAGGGCCCCAGGCGUGCACAAGGGUGCCACCUACGUGUUUCGGCUGGCAGCUCGCGGUCGUGGAGGCCUGGGCGAGGAGGCGGCCGAGGUCCUGAGCAUCCCCGAGGACACUCCCCGUGGGUACCCCCAGAUCCUGGAGGCAGCUGGCAAUGCGUCCAUGGGCACCGUCCUUCUACGUUGGCUGCCACCUGUGCCUGCUGAGCGCAAUGGUGCCAUCAUCAAGUACACUGUGGCGGUGCGUGAGGCCAGCGACCCAGGGCCCCCCAGAGAGACCGAGCUGCCCGCAGCUGCAGAACCUGGGGUUGAGAACGCACUCACGCUGCAGGGCCUCAAGCCUGAUACGGCCUACGACCUGCAAGUGCGGGCACACACGCGCCGGGGCCCAGGGCCCUACAGCCCCCCUGUCCGCUACCGCACGUUCCUGCGGGACCAAGUCUCCCCCAAGAACUUCAAAGUGAAGAUGAUUAUGAAGACAUCGGUGCUGCUGAGCUGGGAGAUGCCCGACAACUACAACUCACCCACGCCCUACAAGAUCCAGUACAACGGACUGACAUUGGACGUGGAUGGCCGCUCCACCAAGAAGCUGAUCACGCAUCUCAAGCCUCAUACCUUUUACAACUUUGUGCUCACCAACCGCGGCAGCAGCCUGGGCGGCCUUCAGCAGACAGUCACAGCCAGAACGGCCUUCAAUGUGCUGAGCAGCAAACCCAGCGUUGCCCCUAAGCCUGACAACGACGGCUUCAUUGUGGUCUACCUGCCCGACGGCCAGAGCCCCGUGCCCGUGCAGAACUACUUCAUCGUCAUGGUCCCUCUGCGCAAGUCUCGUGGCGGCCAGUUCCCAACCCUGCUGGGCAGCCCAGAGGACAUGGAUCUGGAGGAGCUCAUCCAGGACGUCUCCCGACUGCAGAGGCGCAGCCUGCGUCACUCACGCCAGCUGGAGGUGCCGCGGCCCUACAUCGCUGCUCGCUUCUCCGCCCUGCCCACCGUCUUCCAUCCCGGCAACCAGAAGCAAUACGGAGGCUUCGACAACCGUGGCUUGGAGCCCGGCCACCGCUACGUGCUCUUUGUACUGGCCGUGUUGCAGAAGACAGAGCCAACGUUUGCGGCCAGUCCCUUCUCAGAUGCCUUCCAGCUGGACAACCCUGACCCACAGCCCAUUGUGGAUGGGGAGGAAGGCCUCAUCUGGGUGAUCGGUCCCGUGCUGGCCGUGGUCUUCAUCAUCUGCAUCGUCAUCGCCAUUCUCCUCUACAAGAACAAACCUGACAGGAAACGUAAGGACUCUGAGCCCCGCACCAAGUGCCUGCUGAACAAUGCGGACCUCGCCCCCCAUCACCCCAAGGACCCUGUGGAGAUGAGGCGGAUCCACUUCCAGACCCCAGAUUUGGGCGUCUGCCGCCCCCUCAGGGAGCUGGGGUAUCACUCGGAAAGCAUGCUCAGCCACCCGCCCAUCCCCAUCGCCGACAUGGUGGAGCAUACAGACAGACUCAAAGCCAACGAUAGCCUCAAGCUCUCCCAGGAGUACGAGUCCAUCGACCCUGGGCAGCAGUUCACAUGGGAGCACUCGAACCUGGAGGUGAACAAGCCUAAAAACCGCUACGCCAACGUCAUUGCCUACGACCACUCCCGCGUCAUCCUGCAGCCCCUGGAAGGCAUUGUGGGCAGCGAUUACAUCAAUGCCAACUACGUAGACGGCUACCGCCGGCAGAACGCCUACAUCGCCACACAGGGCCCUCUGCCAGAGACUUUCGGGGACUUCUGGCGCAUGGUGUGGGAGCAGCGGUCGGCCACGGUAGUCAUGAUGACGCGACUGGAGGAGAAAUCCCGGAUCAAGUGUGACCAAUACUGGCCAAGCCGCGGCAGCGAGACAUACGGCUUCAUUCAGGUGGCCCUGCUGGACACCAUCGAGCUGGCCACCUUCUGCGUCAGGACCUUCUCCCUCCACAAGAAUGGCUCCAGCGAGAAGCGCGAGGUCCGCCACUUCCAGUUCACCGCGUGGCCCGACCAUGGCGUGCCCGAGUACCCCACACCCUUUCUGGCCUUCCUGCGGAGGGUCAAGACCUGCAACCCACCCGACGCCGGUCCCAUCGUGGUCCACUGCAGCGCUGGUGUGGGACGCACUGGCUGUUUUAUUGUCAUCGACGCCAUGCUGGAGCGGAUCAAACCUGAGAAGACGGUGGACGUGUAUGGACACGUGACGCUCAUGCGCUCACAACGGAACUACAUGGUGCAGACAGAGGACCAGUACAGCUUCAUCCAUGAAGCACUGCUAGAGGCCGUGGGCUGUGGAAACACCGAGGUGCCUGCACGCAGCCUCUACAGCUACAUCCAGAAGCUGGCACAGGUGGAGCCUGGCGAACACGUCACUGGCAUGGAGCUGGAAUUCAAGCGGCUCGCCAACUCCAAAGCUCACACGUCACGCUUUGUCACUGCCAACCUUCCUUGUAACAAGUUCAAGAACCGGCUGGUUAACAUCAUGCCGUACGAGAGCACUCGUGUCUGCCUGCAGCCCAUCCGCGGUGUGGAGGGCUCCGACUACAUCAAUGCCAGCUUCAUCGAUGGCUACAGGCAACAGAAAGCCUACAUUGCAACACAGGGGCCACUGGCAGAAACCACGGAGGACUUCUGGCGCAUGUUGUGGGAAAACAACUCUACAAUUGUCGUGAUGCUGACCAAACUGCGCGAGAUGGGUCGGGAGAAAUGCCACCAGUACUGGCCAGCUGAGCGCUCUGCCCGUUACCAGUAUUUUGUGGUGGACCCGAUGGCUGAGUACAGCAUGCCCCAGUAUAUCCUGCGCGAGUUCAAGGUCACAGAUGCCCGGGACGGCCAGUCGCGCACGGUACGGCAGUUUCAGUUCACAGACUGGCCGGAGCAGGGCGUCCCCAAGUCAGGAGAGGGCUUCAUCGACUUCAUCGGCCAGGUGCACAAGACCAAGGAACAGUUUGGCCAGGACGGGCCCAUCUCCGUCCACUGCAGCGCCGGUGUGGGCAGGACGGGCGUCUUCGUCACACUGAGCAUCGUGCUGGAGCGAAUGCGCUACGAGGGCGUAGUGGACAUAUUCCAGACCGUGAAGAUGUUGCGCACACAGAGGCCAGCCAUGGUGCAGACAGAGGAUGAGUACCAGUUCUGUUACCAGGCGGCACUCGAGUACCUGGGCAGCUUUGACCACUAUGCCACGUAAGCCAUCAUCCCGAACCUCGGCCGACGUUGCGCCCAGCAGGAUGACCGAAGCCCAAGCGCAGUCACAGGAGGGGCCGUGCGCCAGUUCCUGGGGGCACACGUGGCCACAGGGUCCCCGUCACACAUCACCGGCGCCUUCUGAUACUUGGCACAUUCCUUAUUUCCUUCCAAUUCCAAAACAAGGUUCCCGGAUGAGUGGGGAGCGAGUGGGGGUGCUCCUUGCCAGGCUCCCUGCUCUGUCCAACCCGGGGACACCACAUUGGGGACAGAAUCAAACUUUCUUUCAAAGCUCAAGUGACUGUAUCGGUGACAUUGUUCUCUUUUUUUCUUUUUUUUUUUUUAAAUAGUAUAUUUUUUCCCUCAACAUUUUUUAAAGAAACAAUAAGUCAUGCCCAUCAACAACUCUUAAAAAACAAGUUUGCCAACUGUCAAAAGACUAUUUUUUCACGGAGAGUGGCUCGUGUGACAGCCAUGUGCAGCGCUGACCUCUGAGCACGUGUUGCUUUUCCCUCCUGUCAGACGCUGUUCCUCAUUCCUGUGUGAACCACACCUCCUUUUCUGUUUUUUUUUCUGCCAUUUCUUUUUUUAAAAAAUCAAAUCUUUAGACAUAUCAAUAUAGUUCCAGAGGGGGAGGCUGCAGGAGUACUUGGAGACAUGGCCACCUAGAACAGACGUGGUGCCUGGACACACAUGCCCAGCGUCCCAGGGAGAACCAACACCAGGGGGAGCAUUCGGUGGACACACAGCCUGCGUGCCCCACACAAAGGACCCUGUCUCCCAGGACUGCAGGACAUUUGGGGGACACACAGGGGCCAGGUGUCCUCCCGUCCUGCCCUGAGAAAACACAUCUUUUUCUUUAUACAAGAACAAAUCAGUUGUUCCCAAGCGGCUCACUCACGUGAAGGCAGUGGGUGGCGCAUCCGCCUCUGUAUGUAGAUAAACCAACUUUGUAUUAAAGGAAGAUUCGUCCGAU